AUGUAUAAUAGUAUUAUUAAUAAUAAUAACGAUAAUAAUAAAAUACCUGCGAAUAUCGAAUUUAGGAAGCAGCAGAGCGAAUGGAAUUCUAAAGAUUCCACUGUUUUUCCAACAUCGUAUUAUCAUCCUUCUUCCGACCCUGCUGCUAUUCAUAAUGUAAAUAAUUCUAAUCAAGAAAAUAAUACACAUGUACAAUCAUCUCAUCCACAAUAUGAUGGUGAUGAAGAAGACGAGGAAGUG